AUGCGGGGUUCUAAAACCAAAGGACCACAAACAGGACAAGUUGUUACUGGUAAACUAGCCCGCAUUGUUAAUCAUAGCAUAUCUCACAGACAAACACAAACUCCUAAAGAGGAGAUAGUUAAGGCAGAAGCCAAAGAAGAAACACAGGAAUUUGCUGAGCAGCAGCGGGAGAGUCAGAGACAAGUUGAGCAGGAGAGGGAGAGGCAGGCUGAGGAAGGACAUCUGGCUCAGCUAUCCGAGCGGAGGCAGACUGAAGAAGGGCGGCUAGCUCAGCUAUCCGAACAGAGGCAGACUGAGGAAGGACAUUUGGCUCAGCUAGCCAAGCAGACACAGGCUGAAGAAGGACACCUGGCUCAGCUAUUCGAACAGAGACAGACUGAGGAAGAACAGCUGGCUCAGUUAUUCAAACAGAGACAGACUAAGGAAGAACAGCUGGCUCAGUUAUCCAAGCGGAGGCGGGCUGAGGAAAAACAGCUUACUCAGCUAGCCAAACAGAGGCGAGCUAUGCUAGAACAGCUUCUUCAACUAGCAGAGCAAGAAGAGAGGCAGAAGGAGGGAAUUUCCAAGCAGCAACAGCUAGCUCAAAUAUCAGAGCAGGGAGGGGAGAGGCAGCAGGAAGAAGCUGAGCAAGAGAGGCAGGCCGAGGAGGAGAGACUCCGGCUAGCAGAGCAAGAAAGCCAGCGGCAAGCUGAAGAGGACAGACACAGGCAAACCGAGCAAGAGCUAUUCGAGGACGAUACCCAAGAGACACGUACACCUAAUGGACGGAAACCUCUUACGAGGCCACAAACUAGCGGAGAGAUACUAGCCAACCUAUGGAAGCUCGAUGGAAAGAGGCCACAUAAUAAAAAGCCUAAACCCCCAAGAGGUAUAGGUGUUACACGAAAAGAAAACGACCGUAAACGGGUUACCCAGAUUGACUUAGGGGAAUUUGUAGAACCUAUAAGUCAUGCACAAGUAGAAUCAGGUAAGCAAACCCACACACUGAUAAAUAACGCUAAUCUAGUAAAAGGCGAGCAGCAGCAGGCCCAGCUAGCGGUACAAGACGAGCAAGAACAAGAAAGGCUAGCUGAGGAGAGGCAGCGGGAAAUCGAGGAGGCGGAGAGGGCAGAGAGGCAGCGGCAAAUCGAGGAGGCAGAGAGGGCGGAGAGGCAAAGACAAGCCGAGGAGGCAGAGAGGGCGGAGAGGCAGAGACAAGCUGAGGAGGCAGAGAGGGCGGAGAGGCAGAGACAAGCCGAGGAGGCGGAGCGGGCGGAGAGGCAGCGGCAAAUCGAGGAGGCGGAGAGGGCAGAGAGGCAGCGGCAAAUCGAGGAGGCGGAGCGGGCGGAGAGGCAGAGACAAGCCGAGGAGGCGGGGCGGGCGGAGAGGCAGAGACAAGCUGAAGAGGCGGAGAGGGCAGAGAGGCAGCGGCAAGCUGAAGAUGCGGAGAGGGCGGAGAGGCAGCGGCAAAUCGAGGAGGCGGAGAGGGCGGAGAGGCAGCGGCAAAUUGAGGAAGCAGAGAGGGCGGAGAGGCAGAGACAAGCCGAGGAGGCAGAGAGGGCAGAGAGACAGCGGCAAGCUGAAGAGGCGGAGAGGGCGGAGAGGCAGAGACAAGCCGAGGAGGCGGAGAGGGCGGAGAGGCAGCGGCAAAUCGAGGAGGCAGAGCAGGCAGAGAGGCAGCGGCAAAUCGAGGAGGCGGAGAGGGUGGAGAGGCAGAGACAAGCCGAGGAGGCGGAGAGGGCGGAGAGGCAGAGACAAGCCGAGGAGGCGGAGAGGGCGGAGAGGCAGAGACAAGCCGAGGAGGCGGAGCGGGCGGAGAGGCAGCGGCAAAUCGAGGAAGAAAGAGAAAAGGAAGACGAUAUCCAAGAGACGCACAUAAGCAGAAGACAGGAAUAUCCCGCGAAACCACAACCUAACAGAGAAUCACUUGCUAGCCUAUGGAAUCCCGACAGAGAGAGGAUAUAUAGAAAGAAGCCUAAGCCUCCAAGAGGUAUAGGUGCUGCACGAAAAGAAAACGACCGUAAACAGAUUACUCAGAUUGACUUAGGGGAAAGACCUGAACGCCGUCUUCUAGUUGAUUCCUUAAAGCCAUUGGCGGUAGAUAAGGUAAAACAACUAGCGAUAAAGUAUAUGAGAAAGUACAAAGGCAUACAGAUAUAUGAUACAAACUUCUGUAAGUUAAACCCUCAGACAUGUUUUGAGGACGUCACAGCAGACGGGACGAACACUAUCCUUCUAAUUCUGGAAUCGGAAAAAGACGGUAUUGAAUUUCCAUUCGCUCCUGGGACGAGCUCUGAGUCACAGACCAAUCUGGCAUCUAAUUCAAAGGCUGAGCAGGAAGGUAAGGCCAAGCGGAAAAAAGUGCCCGAACAAUAG